GUUUUGCUCUGUCUCCCAUAAUCUCGCCUCCUUCCCGCCUUGUUCCAACAAAGUCACAUCUUUGCACCGCAGAACUCGCCAGUUUGCAAAACCGUCCAGGCGGUGUCAUCACUGCCAAUGGCUCCCGCCGUACAAGCGCGCGGUGGCGCCACGGCCGCGCACGACAUGGUCGAUGAGCUUCUGCUUUCCACCACGCCGACGCCGACAUUGCCCGUCUCCGCCACCGACGAUGACAGCCACUACCAGCUGCUCCGCGCGCGGCAGUCCGCCCCGACGGCGACCGUCACCGUCGUUUCCGGGGGCGACAGCGGUGACAACGGUGGAGGCUCGGCCACGACUCUGAGCGGCGGCGCCAUUGCGGGCAUCGUCAUCGGCUCCAUCGCCGGCUUCCUCCUCCUCGUAUGGAUCUACCGCUCGUGCUUCAACAUAGGCGCCCCGCCGGGCGAGGACCGCGAGGCCUGGUAUCACGACGUCGACCCCAAGCGCUCCUCGCACCAUCACCACCACCAUGGCUACCACCACAGUCGCCCGCGCCACAGCAGUCACCACCACCGUCACCACAGCCGCCGCCGCUCCUCGCUGUCCUCCACCAUGUCCACGCCCCCGCCCGUCGUCGUGCGCGAGACGUCCAGGACGCAGCCCGUGUACGUGGCACGCGGCAGAGACAGGGUGUCGAGGUCCAGGGGGCGGCAGUACUGAUGGCGAGCAUACGCUGUGUAUAAUUGGGUAGAGGGAGUGGCCAUUUGGAUGGCCUUUUUGCCCUUAACGAUAAAUCUUUGAUCAAUGUCUCAUGGAGGAUUCUCAUGUGAAGACGAGACGAUACCCGACCAUAUCAUGUGUCUUUUGACUUGGAAAUACCAACAGGGCAAUCCCGGUUCUGGAGUCAGGUAUAGAGAUGUGCUGCUGUGAAUAUGUCAUACAAAGCGAAGAAGAAUAGCCGGCAACCUGGGAGCCGCAAUGGUUGGGUCAAGGUGAUCGAGCGAGCCGGCAUAGAUAGAGAACGACCGCUUUACGGAUCGCUUAUGGCUCAUACCCGUCGAAGC